CGAAUGCACUGUCCGAAUCAUUAUUCACUUCAAAUGUACUUCAUCAUACAAUACAAGGAAAUAAUGUGCAAACAAGUGUGAUUUGAAGUUACAUUUUACAAAUAAAUAAAGUAUACAAUAUUUGUAUAAACAAUAUACAAAUAUCCAGCAAACAGUAAGUAAUACCGUUAAACAUAUUCAAAGUUUUGAUUCAUCAAAUCUGAAAGAAACUCAAAAUUGAUUAUUUUUAACCGAACGAAAAAAUCACGUAAAUUCGCAUGACAGGUUUGCCACCUAUUAACAUUCAUGUCAGGUCUUUGUGACGGAAUAAUGACGCAAAGCAUGAAGAUGGAGCAAAUGAGAGAAACGGCUUUCCGUUUCUGUCUUUCUCUUUCAUACGCGCAUACUUCCGUCGACGUCUUCUGUCUUCCUCUCUCUUCUUCGUUAAUCUCCUUCUGAUUCACUCGGCAGCGAUGGCUACGAUACGAUAUCGAACAUUCCCAAACUCCCAAAAAAUAAUUUUAUUAAAGAAUAAUUCAAUUUCUAGAAAUAAAUUUAUUUAUAUUCUAAUAUUCAUAGAUUCGAAUAUCUCUAGGCUUUUAGAUUGAAUAUUCUUUUAAAUUUAAUAUUUAUACAUUCAUAUUUUCAUGUGCAUAGAUUGUUUUAUCCUCAAGUAGUUAAGUACAGUUCGCAGUAGAAUAUGUCAAUUUAAAAUCUUAAACUUAAUGUACAAUUUUCUAUUCAGUUGUGUCAUUCACUAACUAAAUAUUGUUGUAACGUGAAGACAAAUAAAGGAACUUAAAAAGUUAGGCAUGUUUUGUAUUUAACAAUCCCUAAUCAUGAAAAUUGUAAUUAAAGUUGAAUACAAAAUUUAAUUACAGCGACGAGUCUGGUUUAUUGCAUAUGAACAUAGUUUAUUGCAUAUGAGCAUCACGAAUGUGACACUAUAUUGUAAGGCAAAUUAAGUUUGAAAGAACCAAGGUGAUAAAAUAAUUAACAUGUCUCACCAGAAAAGUCUAGUUUCACUAUGAAAAUUAUUACAUUAAGUAAAGUUACGCGAUUCGCGCGUAAAGUUUGAUUCAAAGUCGGUAGAAAUUGGCGGCAUGCACAGUUGUACCACCUAGCGGACGCGAGGGUAUUACUCCCAUCGCUAGCUGCCGCAACUAUUUAUAAUGGUAGCCGUUGGCUCGGAGUCUCGUGUUUCUCGUCUCUUUUGUACUUACUCUUUCUCGAUUUCCCGGCUCGUUUCUCCUUUUCUAUCUGCCGGUUUUGAGAGUGGUCGUUCUCUUUAAGCUUCGUUAAUAGUGUCGCCAAGCAUUCGUCCGAGUCAGACCGCGCUGUCUCUCCUCUGUUACCUGAGAGGACCGAAAUAGAGCAAUCGCGACGCGGGACCGACGCGACGCGAUCAGCGCUGAACCGACGCUGACGCUCGGCAGCUGCGUGUAGUGAACGAACAAUAAACAAUAACAAGACCGACGCGUGUCAUUAAACAGUGACUAACGCGACCUGUUGCCGGUUGCCAAAACACAAGCCCGUUGAACGUCGCGCGUGUAUCGGUGAGAUCGUGAAAUGUUCGUUUACCAGUCUCCCGCCACGGGAACGGGGAUUCUUGUGUCAUGGCGGUGAUCGUCGUGCGGAGCGGCCACGUUCGCGUGCACAUGGCUACAAUGCUGGCUAUUAAGGAGAUGAAGAGAGGAAGAAUGAGGAGCUGACUAAGAAACGGCUUGACCACCAGACAACCACAAUCGAUGAGAGGGAGAGAAGAGGGUGGAACGAGUGGUGGCCACCGUGAACCCCGAUCAACCCCCGAUUGGGGUCCUGGUGCACUUAAUGGGGAACAUCUUUGGGUACCGACGUCGGCUUCUGGUGAUUUUUGUUAUGUCAAUGACUGCUCGAAACAUGGAGCCAGGAUGAAGUGUGCGGCGUGUCGCGUGGUGGCCCACACCGUGUGCGCGACGAGCCUGAACUUCGCCUGCAAAUCCAGCUUCAGAGACGUGGGAGUCCGGCAAUAUCGCGAGCAAACGAACACGCAACACCACUGGGUCCACCGUCGGUCUCAGAAAGGGAAAUGCGGGAACUGCGGCAAGUCGUUCCAAUCGAAACUGAGUUUCACCUCGAAGGAGAUCGUCGCGGUGAGCUGCAGCUGGUGCAAACGAGCCUACCACAACAAGGAGGCGUGUUUCAACGUGCAGAAAAUCGGCGAGAACUGCGAACUAGGUGCGCAUGCUUCGAUCAUCGUGCCGCCAUCUUGGAUCGUGAAGUUGCCCAGAAAGGGUAGUUUCAAGAGCAGUUUGAGGAAAUCGCCGAGGAAGAAGAAGUCUGGUAGUGGUGGCAGUAGUGGUUCGAGCAGAAAGAAGAAAGAGAAGGAUAAAGACAAGGAACAGGACAAGGACCAAGGACGAUUGUGGGUGGUCAAGCCUAUACCUACGGCAUCCGUGAAGCCGGUGCUGGUUUUCAUUAACCCGAAAUCCGGAGGAAAUCAGGGUGCCAAGCUGUUGCAGAAGUUUCAGUGGCUGCUGAAUCCUAGACAGGUGUUCGAUCUGACGCAGGGUGGACCCAAAAUGGGGUUACAACUGUUUGAAAAAGUUCCUAAUCUACGAGUCCUCGCAUGUGGCGGUGACGGUACAGUGGGAUGGGUACUAUCGAUCCUGGAUCAGAUCGGAGCGAAUCCUCCACCAGCAGUGGGUGUACUUCCUCUCGGAACCGGAAACGAUCUCGCAAGAGCGUUAGGCUGGGGUGGCGGUUACACGGACGAGCCGAUCGGGAAAAUUUUAACAAACAUCGGAGAAAGCGACACCACGUUGCUGGACAGAUGGCAGCUGGUGGUCGAAAGGAAUCCAGACGUCCAGGGCGACGAUGACAACGGCAAGGGCAAAGAGAAUCUACCUCUGAACGUCGUUAAUAAUUACUUUUCCCUUGGCGUCGAUGCUCACAUCGCUCUUGAAUUUCACGAGGCUCGAGAGGCGCAUCCAGAAAAGUUCAACUCGCGAUUGCGAAACAAGAUGUACUACGGUCAGAUGGGUGGCAAGGACCUGGUGUUGCGGAAGUGGAAGGACCUCUCGGAAUUCGUGACGCUGGAAUGCGACGGUACGGAUGUGACACCGAAAUUGAAGGAACAUCGUGUUCACGCUAUAGUUUUCUUGAAUAUCGCGUCGUACGGCGGAGGGACGCAUCCUUGGGGCGCUGCGAGUGGAACUAAAGAGCCGUCGACGGAGGACGGGAUGAUAGAAGUUGUCGGUUUGACGACCUAUCAGCUUCCGCUUCUUCAAGCGGGCGGUCAUGGUACUUGCAUCGCUCAGUGUAGCACGGCUAAGCUGGUUACUACGAAAACCAUUCCAAUGCAGGUUGACGGAGAAGCCUGUCGAUUGCUGCCAUCUAUAAUAAACAUGAAACUAUUGAACAAAGCAACGAUGCUGGCGAAACGAAGAAACACCAGCAAGCCACAGCAGGACGUCAAACUAGAAAGAUUGAAAUUGCCCGUAAUGAAAAUAAGAAUGUCGGAUUACGAAAAGUAUCAUCACGACAAGGACAUGUUGAAGAACGCCGCGUCUUCGUGGAUCUCUGAUCCGCUCGAUCUUGACGCCACCACGGAUCUGGAAUCCUUGAGGAAGAUCCUGGCGAAAGAUCAUAACAUGGACACUUGUUGCUUCCUUGAUUCGUGUACCGCAGAGCGGUUCUUCCGGAUCGACAGAGCCCAAGAACAGCUGCAUUACGUGACCGACGUUGCCGUCGAAGUUGUAUAUGUUCUCGAAGAAAAUGCAACCAGUUCGUCAAACGAACCUGAAGGAACGAAGGUCUCUGCCAGUCAAGAACCUGCGACUGCUCAAUCCUCUCCAAGCGAAGAACGGCCAAAAUCAAACGCAGCCAUGACACAAGAGCAGCCUAAAAACGAAACGAAGGCGCAACCAUCUCCGGCGAGCGAUAAUACUGAGAAGCCGGCUGAGGACGCGAAGACGCAAGCCGAGACUCAGGGCACACCGAAGUCUCAGGGAUCGAUGAAGAAAAACGUGGCACGCGACGAACCGCUGAACACGAAGAACGAGGAGAAGGCUAACGAAGGAAAAGUAUCCAGGGACGUUAUAAAGGAAAGCGGUUCCUCGAAAUCGAUCUCUGGGACGACUGUCGCUCAGUCGCAACAUCAUACACCACCCACAUUCAUUAGUCCACGAGAUAGGCUUUUUGGUCUAAGUUCCGAGGUCCACACCUUUAACACAAGAUUAUUGGAAAAAACAAGUGACGGUAUUUUGAAAGCAGCAAAAGUCGGUAACCUCCAGGCUCUAAAAGAACUCCAUGAUAAAGGAUAUUCCCUUCUGUGUAUCGACGCCACUGGACAAACUGCUCUUCAUCUUGCCUCGAGAUAUGGUCACAAGGAUAUUGUCAGAUAUCUCAUCGCUUGCGCACCAUCGAGCAUCCUGAAUAUGAUCGACAACGACAAAGGUCAAACCGCUUUACACAAAGCGGCUCAAUAUAAACGUCGUUCCGUUUGCUGCAUGCUAGUCGCCGGCGGUGCUACUUUAAGUAUCAAGGAUCGGCAAGGUAACACACCUCGCGAUCUUGCUUUGCAAGCGGAGGAUCGUGAACUCGCAGCAUAUUUAUGCAGUCAAGAGCAGUUCCAGCUGACAACGGAAGAAAUGGAGAACGCCCUUUGACCCACGGCCCUGACGGGCAGAGCCUGAGCCGACCAUAGACCUUCGCAUACAGAAGGAUCUCAACGAUCGAUCUUUGUUUCGGCGAUCUAGAGUAAGUUACACGUGAUAAAUCGAUACUCUUUCUUCGAAGGUGACACCCGGACUUUUCAAUUUUCCUCGUCGAGAUCACUGUCAACCUUGUAAAUUAAUAUCACAUUCUGCGUAGAGGUAAUUAAUACGAUAACACGUACUUCGUAUAGAAUAUAACAUAUAAUUAUUCUCGAUCGAGCCACGAGCCUGUACACGUAAUGUAUUAUAUUUUUCAAAAUGGCGACGAGGCGUUCUCUCUCUCGAGCCUCGUUCGAUCGACGAUGAAAACGGAAAAGAAGAUGCUGGAUAUUGUAGAGGGACCGUUCAAUACCGGUGAAAUAUAACAAACUUUUGCUCAUCCGUUGCGAGUUUAAGGGUGUGGAAUUGACGAGUAAGACCCGUAACCGAAUUAGUGAGAGACUAGGAUCAAUGGUGAAUAAUCGGAUAUUAAUCGUUGUAAGACUAAUCUUCACGGUAUUUGUUUGUAUGAUUUUUAUUUUAUAUUUUUCUACGUUCCAUUUCUAGAUGCCACUUCGACGAUAUUGUAUACAUACACAUAUAUACAUCCUUAUAAAUUUAUAUAUAAUUAGCGUUGUUCUUGGUAGAUUUUUACAUUUUUCUUCGCGAGGGCGAUGGUAGCGUUAGCGGUUCGGAGUUGGAGAGAAUUUGAAUUGGUUGUUAGGAUCGUUGACUCGAUCGAAUUUUGUUGUUGCGUUGUAUGAAGAGUAUAGUCAAUGCUGUUAUUGCAGUUUUGAAAUUGAGUAGUGAGAAUUUGGAUAUAUGGAGAAAUUUGGAAAUAUUAGAAUUAAAAAGCUUGACAAGUUGGGAGUUAUUGUGAUUUUAAGAAGUUUGAGGGUUUGUUAACUUAAGAAUUUUAAAAAUCAAAGAUCUGAGUGUUGAUGAUUUAGAAAUUGACAAAUAUACAAAUUUG